GCCAAGCUUGGGACGCGCCAAGAAUCCAAGCUUGGGAGGCAAGGCUUAUAAGCCUACCGCAAAGAGAGGGGCUUGUGUGAUGACCUCCUGAGUGUCCAAGCUUGGAUUCUGGGCAUGUCCCAAGCUUGGGUUCUUGGCGUGUCCUAAGCUUGGAUGUCCUUCUCAUAUCCAACAAUUUCCUUUCUAGACGCUGUAAUUCCUUUGCAAGCGCUUCAUAGUCCUGACCUGUCCAUAUUCCGAAGAUGGCAUCACUACAUCCAGAUGGACUACAGCAGCUACCCGUCGAGAUUUUCCUUAACAUAGUCAUGCAACUAGGCUCAGGGGAUAUCGGGAGUUUGCUUGGGAGCUCCAAGACAAUAAGAUCCAUCCUAAAGAGCCACGAAGAGUACCUCUCUCGACAGUUCGCAUCUUAUCUCUACCCAAAAAGAAAACGAACGUCUAAAAAGCCCAUCCUCGCCUGGCCUAUCCUCACCCGCCCAUCGCCCCCCUUAAAACCGAAACACAUACUCUCACGCUGCAUACCCACCCUCAUCCGCUUCCCAUAUACCUUUUCCUGGGUAGCUGAGCAGGAAAAGCGCAAAAAAGUCCUCCGCGACCUCUCUAACUCCCAGCUCCUUAACGUCACCAUCCCAAACCUACUAGUCUCCAUCUUUGGGACCUCCACGCGCAUCUGCGCCUGCUGCGGCCUUUCUGGCAUCAAAGUCUUCAAGAGCCACGGCCUAAAUAUGCUCCUUAGACUGUCUGAUGCGCGCAUUUCAGGCAGCACGCCAGUUGAAGAAAAGAAGAUCUCCAUCGAUGACGCACAUCGUAGCCAAAAAUUAUGGAUAUGUCAGCAAGAUAAGCUUGCGCUAGCGAGCAUGCUCGCCCUUGUCUGGGUCGCCAGCACGACGUUUGACUACGGUGACAGGUCGACAUGGGGCGCAGGCAGUUGCAACAACAACUGUGGGAUACCUGGAGAGCAGAGUGAGGACAUCAAUCUCGCAAAGCGGCGGUGCACAUAUCGCGAACUGGCGCUGGUGCAUGGGCCGUACUUUUUGUGGUGUAGCGUCAGUGAAUCAGAGAAGGAGACGAGGUGGGUCAAGGACAUGCUAGAUGAGGGCGUGGAGUAUGAAAAGGGCGUGGAGUCUAUGGAGGGCGUGGAGUCUGAGGAGGGCGUGGAAGAUGCUAGAAUGGCGCAUCACAGCUUACAGAGUGUGUUGCUAAGUCGCCUUGCUGGGUUGAAGGGGUGGGAGGGGUGGGAGGGGUGGUAUGAGGCGUUUUCUGCUUUUGGGGAAGAGAUUUUAUUUUGUAGGGCUUGGGGGGUUGCGCGUUGA